ACCCGGGAGGCGCGUGGUGCUCGUGGGCAGUGGCCAGGCCCCAGGCGGGUGUUUCCGGGAGGCUGAGGUGCGCCCUGCACCCAGACCUGUGCGGACUCCAGGCCCAGCGUUCUAGAUACUCGGCAGCCACUCGCGCCGAAUCGCUGUUCGGGCCGGGUCUGAGCGGACCCCUGCCCAGAGCCACGAGAGCCUGCAGGGUGGCAGGCUGAGCCCCGAGAGUCCCUUAGAGAAAGGGCGGCCUGCGGGGCACCCCCCACAGCGACCCUCCCGGCCCCGAACACGCCUGGGGGUGCGGCUGCCUUAGAUCCGCCCCCACGUACUGUCCCUGCUGCAGGGCCGGGCACGGCCACCCGAGAAGUGCGGGGGGCCCAUCCCUGCGCCCCCCUGGACUGACAGAGUCAGGACCGGGUCAGGCCUUGGCAGUGGGGGAAGGCAGCGGAUCACCUGCAGCCCCCUAGCGUUUCCCGAGGAAAGUGGGGUGGGGGUUUGGAUUGCGGGUGCCUCAGCCUGGGGUCCUGUAAGCCGGACGGGGGACCGGCAGCUGGGCCCGCCAGGGCGGGGCAGCGCCUCGGUGCAGGACGCUGUGUCCCAGGGAACCCGUGUGGCCCCUCACAGAGAAUCCCACCGGCGAAGUCCGCUGCGCCCAGCCGGGAUGAACUCUGGGGCCAGACUCAGAGCCGAGGACAGGGCGCGCAGGCCCCUUCCUUCCAGUGGGAGCCCCGCCCCGGGCAAGGGAAGUGAGGAGGGAGGUCACCCCGUGAACCACCGCCAGGGGAGGGCGCACCGGGGGCCAGGGCAGGAGCCGUGUGUCUGGGUCGGCCGCGCGCCAGCGGUCGCUCCCGCUGCUCCCGCCUGUGGGCCGAGCCAGCUGGGAAGGUCCUGAGCGAAUGCGGAGCGUGUGGCCUGUGUCUGAGGUUGUCACCGCCACGAGCCACAAGGAGAAGUAGGUGUGGGCUGCUUCCCUGCAUCUGCCUCCAGGAGAGUUCAAGGCGCCAGGCGGAUGACGGACGCCCCAACCCCGCCAGCCAUCCUGGGCCCGCCCGUUUGCGGUUAGGAGGGUUUGAGAGAGAUCUCUGGACCCCUGCUACUUCCUGAAAGUUCACAGCUGAGCAUGAGGUCUGCCUCCCUGAGUCACUUUGAGCUCUUGGAGCAAACUGCUCAGUAGGAUCAAGAAAACACAUGACAUGUACUAGAAACCGGAGUGCAUGCUAGAGCCUCUCUGAGAUCGGAGCAACUCAAGUAUGCCAGGGAACGACACCCUAGUAAGCGGCCCUGUCUCAGCGACCCCGUUUCCCGGCACGGGCCCCUGUAACGUGUCCUUCGAGGACAGCAGAGUGGUCCUGGUGGUGGCGUACAGCCUCGUGUGCCUGCUGGGCUUCCCGGCCAACUGCCUGACGGCGUGGCUGACGCUGCUGCAGGCGCGGCAGGGCAACGUGCUGGCGGUCUACCUGUUCUGCCUGGCACUGUGCGAGCUGCUCUACAUCGGCACCCUGCCCCUCUGGGUCGUCUACAUCCGGAACCAGCACCGCUGGACCCUGGGCCCGUGGGCCUGCAAGGUGACGGCCUACAUCUUCUUCUGCAACCUGUACGUCAGCAUCCUCUUCCUGUGCUGCGUCUCCUGCGACCGCUUCGCGGCGGUGGUGUAUGCCCUGGAGACCCGAGGCCGCCGCCACCAGAGGACUGCCUUCCUCAUCUCGGCGUCCGUCUUCCUCGUCGUCGGCCUCAUCCACUACCCGGUGUUUGAGAUGGAAGACAGGGACACCUGCUUCGAGACGCUGCCCACCAACACCAGGGUCGCCAGCUACUGCUACUCCCGCUUCGCCGUGGGGUUCGCCGUCCCUCUCUCCGUCAUCGCGUUCACCAACCAGCGGAUCUUCAGGAGCAUCAAGCUGAGCACGGGCCUGAGCGCCACCCAGAAGGCCAAGGCGAAGCGCCUGGCCAUCGCGGUGGUGCUCAUCUUCCUGGUCUGCUUUGCGCCCUACCACCUGGUGCUCCUCGUCAAGGCCGUCGCCUUUUCCUACUACAAGGGAGACCCGGGCUCCAUGUGCGCCUUCGAAGCCAACCUGUACACGACCUCCGCGGUGUUCCUGUGCCUGUCCACGGCCAACGGCGUGGCCGACCCCAUCAUCUACGUGCUGGCCACGGGCCACUCGUGGCAAGAGGUGUCCAGGAUCCACAGGGAAUGGAGGAAGUGCUCCGCGAGGACAGAUGUUGUCAAGCUCACGUGUUCCAAGGACUCAGAGGAGGCGCCCCUGCCCACGACGCUCACUAACGGCCACACGAUCCCCAGGAUCGUCGAGCCCCCGGAGCCACAGCCGCGUGCGUGGGGCUCACCGUGCACCUUGGAGAGGCCGGGCGAAGAGUCUUGUUGAGCCCACGUAGAAGCCCAGGAGAGGUGGUGUGGUUUCCCGUCCACUGAGCUUGCCAAUGAGUGCCCGCGGCGCUGGCCGAGAAGCCCCCCUCUGGGAAACCUGCCAGGAUCUCUCAUUCCUGGAGCCACGCUCUCCGUCGGCCCAUCAGGGUCCCGGCCCCCCCGGCUCCCCCCGCCCGGGCCGACACAGGAGGCGGCUCGCCCAGGCAGCGCGCGGCUGGCAGGCCGGCCUCUUCGUCCGCACACAUCCCGGCCGGCUCACCCGGCCACUAGCGAACAGCAGGGCUGUGGGCAGGGGCCGCGCGCCUGCCCGGUGUGGCCCUGCACGGUGCCCGGUCCCGCGCAGUGGUGACUUUAUUUCCCGUGCUUUUCUGCAAGCAGUGCUUGGAUGACCGGAUAGUACGGCAGGGGAUCUUUGUGCUCCGUCUCAGGAUGCCCUUCCCGCAGGGCCAGCUCGCUGUGGGACAGCCAAGGCCGACGAGGGGGCAGGAGCCCAGGCCGGAGGGCCCUCGGCCGGGCCGGCUCUGUGCCACGCAGGUGUGAGGUCGCGGGCUGCCGGGGACUCCUCGGGGAAGCCGUGGGCUGGGGCACCAACUGCUCUGACUUCAGCAGGGCAGCCGACGGGCCUCCUGUAGGGUGGCCCAGGUCGAGGGUGCCGGUGGACACCCGGGAAGGGUCAGACGCUCAGCUAAAGAGGCCCGGAGAACGGCUGGGAUUCAUUCCUUCAUGUCAAGGCUUCCCGGCCUCAAUGCCAGGGGAGAGGCCGCCGAGGGCUUGCAACGGGGGGGCUCAGGAGUGAGCAGGUGACGGCCCCAGGCCUCCAGCCCCUCCACCAGGUGCGGAUGGAGUGUGGGUGGAGCAUGGAACCUGGUCGGCCAUGGGGCCCGAAAGUGGGCUCCCUGAAGACGCACAGCGUCGGGUCACGUCCGGGCUCGUCUAGGCCAGGUCACGUUGCUGCCUCGGUUUCCCUAUCUGUAACAAGGCCGACGACACCUACCGCACGCUGACCCACUACCUGUCCUUCGGGCACUUCACACACACCUGCAGCUCACGCCUGAAACAGGAGCCCGGCGGGCUGUGCGCCCAGCGUGGGGGCCUGGGCACCCCGGGUCCCCCCGAGCUGUGCCGGGCCGUCGUGUUACAUUGUGCUCUCGUUUCUGUAAGGCAGCGGUCACUGUCCGCGGUGGUUCUUUGUAGUGAGAGCCAUCGAAAAGAUACACUUGGAAAUAAAAAUGCGAAAAUACA